UGAAAAGCGUCAAUUAAUAAGGAACCUGGGCUCAGCUUUCCUUCCCUAAAUCAGUAAUGGCUGAAACCAGAUAGCAACAUUUGGACUAAAAUGUAUCUGAGCUUCUUAGAUUUUGGAUUUUUUAUCUACUAGGUCCAUAAACUCUCAAAAUAAUCAUCUAAAUCUUUGUAAACUUUUAACAUUGUUUACUCUAGGUCCAAUUGCGGAGAUGGACUUUCACUUAGAACCAACCACUUGAAAACUUUAAAGACCCGGAUGUUCACUAUGAGCUAGCGAUUAGGAAAAAAAAUUUAAAGACCUCCGGCGUGGCGUGUGCAGUUACCCAGCCAUUGCCUGCCGGACAUGGGGAAGGACGGGCCACCGGAGACGGUGGAGACCAAGAAGGCGGCGCCGAUGCUGCGGUCGUUCGCGUCAGUGUUCAUGCACGCGGACGCCGUGGACGUCGCGCUCAUGGUGCUGGGCCUGGUGGGCGCCAUGGGCGACGGCAUGUCGACGCCGAUAACGAUGCUUAUCGCCAGCCGCAUAUUCAACGACGUCGGCAGCAGCCCUGACCGGCUCAAGCAAUUUCGUUCCAGGAUGAACGAGAACGCAAGAAAUCUCCUCAUCUUGGCAGCCGCCAACUGGACCAUGGCGUUCCUGGAGGGGUAUUGCUGGACGCGGACGGCGGAGCGGCAGUCGUCGCGGAUGCGGGCGCGGUACCUGAGCGCGGUGCUCCGGCAGGACGUGGAGUACUUCGACCUCAGGGCGAGCUCCACGUCGGAGGUGAUCGCCAGCGUCUCCAGCGACAGCCUCGCCGUGCAGGACGCGCUGAGCGAGAAGGUGCCCAACUUCGUGGUGAACACCACCAUGUUCGUCGGCAGCUACGCCGUCGGCUUCGCGCUGCUGUGGCGGCUCACGCUGGUGGGGCUGCCGUCCUCGCUGCUGCUCGUCGUCCCCGGCUUCCUCUACGGCCGCAUCCUCAUCGGCCUCGCGCGCCGGAUCAGGGAGCAGUACACGCGCCCGGGUGCCAUCGCCGAGCAGGCCAUGUCGUCGGUGCGCACCGUGUACUCGUUCGUGGCGGAGGGCAGCACAGCGGCGCGGUUCUCCGCCGCCCUCGAGGAGUCGGCGCGGCUCGGGAUCAAGCAGGGGCUCGCCAAGGGAGUCGCCCUCGGAAGCGAAGGCAUCGCCUUCGCGAUCUUCGCCUUCAAUAUCUGGUACGGCACCCGCCUCAUCAUGUCCCACGGCUACAAGGGCGGCGCCGUCUACGCCGCCUCCGCCAGCAUCGUCAUCGGAGGCUCAGCGCUGGGGUUGGGGCUGUCGAACAUCAAGUACUUCGCGGAGGCAAGCGUGGCGGCGGAGAGGAUGCUGGAGGUGAUCCGGCGGGUGCCCAAGAUCGACUCGGAGAGCAACGCCGGCGAGGAGCUGGCCAGGGUCGCCGGCGAGGUGGAAUUUAAGGACGUGGAGUUCUGCUACCCGUCGCGACCCGAGAACCCCAUCUUCAAGAGCUUCAGCCUGCGCGUGCCAGCGGGGCACACAGUGGCGCUUGUGGGGAGCAGCGGGUCAGGGAAGUCGACGGCGAUCGCGCUGGUGGAGCGGUUUUAUGAUCCGUCGGAGGGGCAGGUGAGCCUGGACGGCGUGGACAUCCGGCGGCUGCGGCUCAAGUGGCUGCGCGCGCAGAUGGGGCUGGUCAGCCAGGAGCCAGCGCUGUUCGCGACGUCCAUUAGGGAGAACAUCCUGUUCGGCAAGGAGGACGCGACGGAGGAGGAGGUCGUCGCCGCGGCGAAGGUGGCCAAUGCCCACAACUUCAUCUCCCAGCUGCCGCAGGGCUACCACACGCAGGUGGGUGAGCAUGGUGUCCAAAUGUCUGGAGGACAGAAGCAAAGGAUUGCUAUUGCUAGAGCAAUCAUAAAGUCACCUAAGAUCCUUCUCCUUGAUGAAGCCACCAGUGCAUUGGACACCAAUUCAGAGCGUGUUGUGCAGGAGGCGCUUGAACUGGCCUCCAUGGGUCGAACAACUAUUGUCAUUGCCCAUCGGCUAUCCACCAUCCAAAACGCAAAUACGAUUGCGGUCAUGCAGUCUGGUGAGGUCAAGGAGCUGGGAUCCCAUGAUGAGCUCAUUGCCAAUGAGAAUGGCCUCUACUCAUCUCUUGUCCACCUUCAACAGACCAAAGAGUCAAUGGAUUCUGAAGAGGUUGAUGGAACUAGAAGUACAUCUCUUAUGCGGCAAUCAAGCAGCCAUGGUAUGAGCAAGAGGUUAUCCACAGCAAGCGGGUCAAUCACAACACUAUCCAUCAUGGGCAAUGAUGAAGGUAACGGCAACAACACAGAGCUGAAGCUUCCUGUGCCAUCCUUCAGAAGGCUAUUGAUGCUUAAUGCACCAGAGUGGAAGCAAGCACUGAUGGGAAGCUUCAGUGCAGUUGUGGUCGGAGGCAUACAACCUGUGUAUGCAUACGCCAUGGGCAGCAUGGUCUCGAUCUACUUCUUGACAGAUCAUAAAGAGAUGAAGGAUCAAACCAGAAUCUACUCACUGUUCUUCGUUGGCCUUGCACUGGUCUCAUUCCUGAUCAACAUUGCGCAACAUUACAACUUUGGUGUCAUGGGGGAAUACCUCACCAAAAGGAUAAGAGAACAGAUGAUUUCAAAAAUUCUUACUUUUGAGAUUGGGUGGUUCGACAGUGAUGAGAACUCUAGUGGCGCCAUAUGCGCACAGCUUGCCCAGAAUGCCAACGUUGUGAGAUCACUCGUUGGUGAUCGAAUGUCCCUCGUCAUCCAAACAGCUUCUGCAGUGCUCAUUGCCUGCAUCAUGAGUCUAGCAAUCGCUUGGCGUUUGGCACUUGUGAUGAUCGUAGUGCAACCACUUAUCAUCAUUUGCUUUUAUGCUCGUCGUACCUUACUAAAGAGCAUGUCCAAGAAAUCAUUACAAGCACAAUCUGAAUGUAGCAAGCUAGCUGUUGAGGCAGUUGCUAAUCUUCGCACAGUAACUGCUUUCUCAUCCCAAGACCGCAUCCUACGCCUCUUUGACCAAGCACAGGAAGGCCCACGCAAGGAAAGUAUCAGGCAGUCCUGGUUUGCUGGUCUGGGGCUCAGUAUCUCCAUGAGCAUUUUGAGAUGCGUAUGGGCCCUCACCUUUUGGUAUGGUGGAGUACUCAUGGCUCAGCACCGCCUUACUUCCAAGGCCCUAUUUCAGACCUUCUUGAUUUUGAUAAGCACAGGACGUGUGAUAGCAGAUGCAGGUAGCAUGACAACAGACCUUGCCAAGGGUGCUGAUGCAGUCACUUCAGUUUUUUCUAUUAUUGACAGGAAGACAGAAAUUGACCCUGACAACCCUGAAGGAUACAAACCAAAGAAUCUUGAAGGCAAGGUGGACAUUACAGAAAUUGAUUUUGCAUAUCCGUCAAGGCCAGAUGUGAUCAUCUUCAAAGGAUUCUCCUUGAGCAUCCAGCCAGGUAAGUCAACAGCUCUUGUUGGGCAAAGUGGUUCUGGCAAGUCAACCAUCAUUGGACUCAUCGAGCGGUUCUACGAUCCCCUUGUUGGGACAAUAGAGAUCGAUGGCAUAGGCAUCAAAACAUAUAGCCUACGAGCCCUACGAAAGCACAUUGGACUGGUUAGCCAAGAACCAACAAUUUUUGCAGGUACCAUCAGAGAGAACAUUGUAUAUGGCACUGAAACAGCCACUGAGGAAGAGACUCAGAGUGCUGCGAGGUCUGCGAAUGCACAUGACUUCAUUAGCAGCCUCAAGGAUGGAUACGACACGUGGUGUGGUGAGCGGGGUGUUCAGUUAUCAGGAGGUCAAAAGCAGCGGAUUGCAAUUGCCCGUGCUAUCCUGAAGCAACCUGCUAUCUUGCUACUAGAUGAAGCUACAAGUGCACUGGACAGCCAGUCUGAGAAGGUGGUGCAAGAGGCAUUGGACCGGGUGAUGGUAGGCAGGACAAGUGUUGUGGUUGCGCACAGACUCAGCACAAUCCAGAACUGUGACCUAAUCACCGUGCUUGAGAAAGGAAUAGUCGUGGAGAAGGGCACACAUGCAUCCCUUAUGGCCAAGGGUCCUUCUGGAACAUACUUUGGAUUGGUCAAUUUGCAACAAGGAGGCAGCCAUCACUAAGAUGUUACUGCGAUACAGCACUAGUUUUCCAAAUCCGCGGCCUCAUUCAAGCUAGAAUGCUCAGCAGAAGACUGAAAUUUCACUGCUGGUUAUGUUGGAUAGUGGUGUUGGAUAUGUUGUGUACUGGUGCAAAGGUCAACGAUUAUGACAGGUGAACAAUGGAAAUAUGAUAUAUGUACAAUAGAGUAGUCCAUCUUACCAUUCUGCGACUUUUAUAGUUGAAAUUAUAGAGCCUAUUGGUCAAGUAGAUAAGUAAAAUCUUAAAACCAAGAACCUGAAGUCGCAGGUAGCAGAAUGGACACUGAUAAGGAAGGAAACGCAGGAAAACAAGGUGUUGAGAAGUUACAUUUCCAAGUGUUAGCUUAUAGUUUCAGGGCCUAAAUUUUAGUAUGCAAGGUUCUGAGCAGCUCUGUUAGUGCAUUUUGGCUGGGAGGCCCAAAUAAAGUAUUGGCAAAGCAAACAACUCGAAUAACGUGAGAUGAAUUACCAGUUGAACGUAUGAAGAAUUAAGAUCCAUGUUUGCGGCGAUGCCCGCCCCCCACCCAAACACACACAAAAAAAUCCACGACUGAGAUUAGCAGCAUAAUUGGGUAUUUGCAGGAGUAAAAUGUUCAUGCGUGAUGCGUCUAGAGCAAUUUACUCAAGGAAGUUUAGGCGAUUCCAAAGUGGGAAUCCUAAUAACCCUAGAGCGGUACGGGAAGAUCUGCAGUACGCUAGUAUACUUGCUAGUGCGGUAGAGUUGGAGGCCCUACCAGAUCAUCACCGUGUCGGGGAGAGAGAGAGAGAGAGAGAGAGAGAGGAGCCGGCGUCCCCUGGUGUCGCCGGCGGGGUCCCGUCCGGCGCGCGGAGUUGGCGGCGCGGAGGCAGCCGAAUCGGGUGGGGGUUGCAAAAGCUUGCACCCCGACUGCGACGCCGUGUCGCUUGAAGGAGGCGGGAAUCCGCCUCAGGCACCGCCGCGCUGCGUCGCGGCGAGGACGUCGGAUUCGGCCCCCGACGACGGUAGGCCGCGGCGGCGCUGGGAC